AUGAAUUUUCGAUUUGCAAUUCUGCUUGCCAGCUGUGCUUUCACCUUUACCGCUGGGCGGGUAUGUAACAACAAGCAAAUUAUCGAUACCAAACCUUUUACUCUGGGUUCCGGGGAAGUGAUUCAGAUACAAAGGUUCAACUGCUCCUCGGACACAGCCACACCGAUAAGACACUCUAAGAAAGUGGUCAAGCGAGAUACAUUCGAUUUGAACAUCCGUGCAGCGUCUGAAUGUACUGAGCCUAAUUGCUUCUGUGGUGUACCUUUGAGCCAACCGAUACAAAGCGCCCAUUGUACCCAACUAGCUGCCCAACUCUCAAAUACACAGGGAACAAUCACAAUCCCAGAAAACGAAGGGAUUGGAUUUAUCCUUCAAAGUUGUGAAUACACUAUUUCGGGCUCUGAGACUGCACAAACGCAAUAUUGCUUUGAUGACCUGGGGGCGGCUGUCACCGAGCUUUUUGCGGUGUGCGGUCCCCAGCAGGCUGAUUGCAAAGCAACUUCAGGCGGCUUAAAUAUUUUCGUCGAGUUAACGUUAGCCAAUGCCUUUGUUUUAAAUCCAAGAAUAUAA